GACAAUCUCUAAGAAGUCACUAGUUACGUUGGACGCUAACUCUGGAUCAUUCCUCCUUCAUCGGCGGAACUCUGUGAGUCUGAAUGAAUCAUAAUGAAGAAACACAACUUGUUGGGGCUUCCCAAGACACAGAAAGGAAUCUGGCCAACCUUUCUGUUGAAGCUUUAUGAGAGAGGUCCCGUGUCGUGAAGAAGGAUGCUGAGCAUGAGGGAUACCAUCUAUGACUUCUUCCAGGUUGCUUUCCUUCCAGGGAGGGGAUCUCAGCACUUUUUGGCUCUUGUCAAGAAACCAAAUUGCUGAAACCAAGCGACUUGUUCCCAGCGGUAAACACAUGAGUGUUCACACUUACGGCAAAGAGACAAGUGGAGCACAGUCUCACGCAGUGCCACCGCGUUUUUCCCCAGCCGUCUACCAGCGGGACUUCUUAGGUACGUUGAAUGCCAGUGAAUCAGUUAGCAGCAAGAGGAAACAUGGGCUCCAAAGCUUAACAUAUGGGAAAGUCGAGGCUCAUAACGUUAAAAGGAUGGACCAGUCAUACGGUCAGCAAGCUGCAGAACCAGAAUGGAAACCAAGUGCCUGGACUCCAAGCGCAGUGUCCUUUCAGUACAACAUCCGGAGCCUGAGACAACCCAACAUCUGUGAGGCAUCACAUGAUGUUGAGAUUGGAGAGAUGGAAGAGAAGGCAUCUGUUCUGGGUCAUUACCUCCCCUUGGUGCCAUCAACUGAGCCCCUCUGUACUUACCUGCUCUCCUAUUGCGAGCCCCCACAAGUGCCCUUUGUUGUUCAUGAGGCCCUUCAGAUCCACUGGCUCUUGGAGGCUCCUGGCUACAUGAUGGGAAACCCGAGGCCCAGUGAAAUCUGAGAAACCCUGUGGAAAUUUUGCUGGCAGAAGAGAGGAUAUGAGGAAAGGAGGCAGACAUUAUUCAUCAGAGUGUGGCCCAUUCAGGAUGGACUCUCUUUUCCACUUGCAGCCUUCAUGUAGGCAGAACAGGCCUCUGUCUACGAGGUUGCUCACGUCAGGUCUGUUUCUCAGUUGGUCCCAGAUGGGAGAGGCAGGUUGGGUAUCUCUGUCUUGGUGGAGGAAUGGUUGAGUGGGCUCAGAGACUGCCAUGGAGAACCAGCCAUUCUGGGACAUAAAUGGCUUCACUUCAGGCCUGAGCCCGAGCCAUACUUAUUAUGGUGUUUGGCUGAGAAAUCCUGUUGUCUUUCAAUAAUGGUGUGCUUGCCCUUCUAGUAAUAAGGCUCUGACUUUGCCUCAUGUUAUGCCUUUUGUGUGUUGAAACCUCAGCAAAGAUCCCUGGAGAAGGGAAGAACUAGGUAGUACGAUGGAAUGCCUAGCAGUACCAUGCCCCAAAAGCACUUGCUGUGUAAGAGGCAAUAUUAAUAGCUAACAGGCAUGGAGCAUUUAUCUCUUAAAACACUUUGAAUGCAUUAACUCAUUUAAUCCUCACGACAACUCAAUGAGAUAAGUACUCUUAUUAUCUCAUUUUAUAGAUGAAGAAAUAAAACACAAAGAGGUUAGACAUCCUGCCCAAGUUUGUGCAGGUCGCAAGCAGCAGAUCUGGGAUUUAAACCUUGGCAGUCCAGAGCCUUCGAACAUAUGCAUGAUGGUAGUCUUCUUAUGAAUAUACCCUAAACCUGUUAGUUUCCUUUUAAAUUUGUUCUUCUCUUGGGAUGCAUUUUACAUUUUCUUGAGCAUAAGAUUCAGCCCCUCCAAUAGAUGGAGGAUUCAGAGUUGGGAAAGGGGAUGAAGUGUGGAAGGGACGGAAAGUCAUGAGGAUCUAAAGUUUACAGUUGAAAGUGAGAGGGUGGGUGAGGUAAUCUUCCUCCCCAGGCCCUGACUGCCCAGAACAAACCACCUGGGCCUCCAAGUGAGAAAGACAGAGCCUGCUGUCUGUGGGUUAUACAAGGGCUGUUAGAAAUGGGGCUUCACAGACCAGCCUGGGGCAUUCAACAGAGUAAUGGAGAGCCCGCUGCUGGGACAACCUACAGAGUCUGAGGCGUUGAGUGAAAACUAAACUUGAACUCUGCAAGAUUCCGUGAAAAGAAUUUACUAAAAUAAUCUUAAAGAUAAUAUUUUGUUGCCUUUUUUUCUCUUGCUCUGUGGCAAGUUUUACACCAGAGACUGUGUGGAGGACAGAAACAGGGUACUGUGAGCUUUAGUCACUGAGUAUUUUCUUUUUGGCCUUUUGAGGUAACAACUGCUGGGAAAUUGGAAGAGUUCAAGGUAAGCUGCCCACUGACUUCUGGUUCAAAAUGGUGGCUGGCUGGUGAUUCCCAAAGCUGAGCCUUUCAGCUCUUAUCGUUAAAACUAUAGGAGAGACAGAACGCUAAGACUGGCAGUACAAACUAAUGACAGAAUCUGGAACGAUUCACCGUGAUUAUGGGAUGGAUGGAUCUGGAUUGAGGAUCUCCUACCUUGGCUCCAGCACGUGACCUACUCUCGCUCUCAUUCAUGAAGAAAUUCCCUUAAAUGGGUAGGGCGUUUCCUUACUCCCGCCCACUCUUUAUGCUCAGACUCAGCCCCUAGCCUGGUAUCAACUGGAAAUGGAACAGUCACUUCUUUCCCAUCCUCAGGAGUUGUUCUCUUGAAUAGCAUUAUUUCUCCUUUCUCAGCUUCCUCUUCUCCCACUUCCCCCAAUCCAGGCAGAUUUUGGGAAUCACAGCAAAUUGCUGAACUGAAGUGACCUCAGGGAGGCAAGCAACAGUGGCAAAGCUCUGAAAAAGGUUGCCGAGGCAUGAAGAUGUGAGCUGGCUCUGCCUGUCUGGGGCUGGGCUAUUCCCAUCGUGCGCUGUCUCUGAGAACCAGAAGCUGGGCUGAGGUCUGGGGAAGGGGAACCAUAUUCACUGCAUGGUGCCCCAGGUGACAGUUGGCUAUUUAAGUGAGAGCAGACUGGGAUCUGUGAAUAUAAAUUGUGGAUUGGAGAAGGGAAUUUGACCACCAGGGCAGAGCACAGAGAAAAUCUCUCUCUCUCCCCCUUUAAAAAUUACAACAAGCUGAUCUUGUCCUCUCUAAGAAUAAGUAAAAUGAACAAUCUCAUCAUCAACAACAAGGGGCCCAUAAAAAAUGUUGCAAAGAAAAGGAAAAAAUAACAUCAGUAAGGCAGAGAAACCCUAGAAAACUGUACCUCAAAGUCGAGAUGAUCCCCUCAGAAAACUAUAUGGCACUUCCACAAAUGUCAGUGAAGGUCUCUCUGAUAUAGAAGGAGAACCUCUGAAGGCAGGAUCCAGAAGGGGAAAAGGAGGAAGAACUGGGUGGGGAACAGUGAUGGGACGAAGCAAGGAGAAGAUGUCUCACUGGGUGGAAUUCAAUCCCCAUUAGAGUCAGGAAGAGCAGUAUUGGUCCUGCAUGAAGCUCUGUCACUGGUGUGGAUGACGAAUUUGAGAGACUCUUCGAAAAUUUAAAGAAGGGAGACCGGGAGGUAUAGGAGGAUAGUGACAAUAAAGGAGGUUUCUGAAACACUGGGCAGAAAAUGUGGAGCUAAACUGGGCUAAAGGGAAAGGAGGCUCAUGGGAGACAGAAAGAACUGACCCCAAUUUAGGAAAACUCAAGGAUCAAAGCCUCACAUCUAUGUAGCCUGGUGAAAGUGCCAGCUGAAAGUAUCAGCCUACUAAGAAAAAUACAAAGAAAUAUUUGUAUUUAUUGCACAAAUUCCAUAAAUAGCAUUUCCAGCCAUAAAACAAUGGAUUGUAUCUGAUGAUGAAAAUUAACCUAAUCUUCAUUGUCUUCUUCCCAGCACAUUAAAAACCAGAAGAUAAUUUAGUAGCAUCUAUAGACUUUGGAGAAGAAAAUCAUCUGACCCAGCAAUGUUACCUCUGAGUUCUGGUUUGUACUCACAUAUGCAGGGAAUAGAACUGUAUCAGUGCAUAUGCAAAGGAGAUAAAAAAAUGUAUUAUCUUCAAACCCUCCUUGAAAAGCUUCUUU